AUGUCAAAUUCGAGCUCUACCUUGAUGGAAGAUGUUCAAUUCUCUCACCAAUCCAUCCCUAUAACUAUCAAACACAAGGAGGCAGUACUUCCUGCAGGUCCAAUUCCUGUAAACAAUGGCGAAUCUCUCUAUCUUUCCAACUUGGAUGACAUGAUUGGUUGCCGAGUUUUUACCCCAACGGUGUUCUUUUACCACUCAACUCCAUCCAUGAGCAAACAUGUGGUAGAAAAACUACGUGAUGCUCUUGCUCUUGUUUUAGUCCCCUAUUACCCUUUCUCAGGUAGAAUUAGGGAGACUAGCAAUGGCAAGUUAGAGAUAUUUUUCGGGCCUAAUCAAGGUGCCCUUAUAGUUGAGGCACACUCAUCUAUAGCAUUUGCUGAUCUAGGUGAUCUAUCGGUUCCUAACCCUUCAUGGUCUCCAUUGAUAUAUAAGUUCCCUAAUGAAGGACCGUAUAAACUCAUCGAUAUGCCUCUAUUGAUAGCCCAAGUGACUUAUUUUCGCGGUGGAGGGUUUAGUCUUGGUUUAAGAAUGUGCCAUUGCCUUUGUGAUGGCAUAGGUGCAAUGCAAUUCUUCAAUGCUUGGGCCACCACAGCUAGAGUUGGAAACUUAGUUGCUUCUCCUGAGCCAUGCUGGGACCGCGAGUAUUUCCUUCCUCGCGACCCCCCUCUCAUAAAAUAUCCACACACCGAGUUCAUGAGUGUUGCAGAUAGAUCAAGUCUAACAAGAUCAUUGUGGGAAGUGAAGCCGGUACAAAAAUGUUAUAAAGUUACUAAAGAGUUUCAAGAAAAAGUCAAAUUCUUAGCCCAAGAAACCAGUAAUCAAGACACUAAUUACACUACAUUUGAUGCUAUGGCAGCUCAUGUUUGGAGAUCAUGGGUGAAAGCCCUGGAUGUAAAGCCAUCAGACUAUGAACUACGCCUUACUUUCACUGUAAACACGCGUCACAUGCUCAAGGAACCACCAUUGAAGGACGGUUUCUAUGGUAAUGCAGUAUGUGUUGCCUGUGCUACAAGCAAAGUCGAAGAGCUCAGUGAUCACCCACUCCAUAGGACAACUGACCUAGUUCACAAAGCAAGGCUUAGUGUUAAUGAAGAUUACUUGAAAUCGACAGUCGAUUAUAUAGAGGUUAGAAGGCCUAAAGUGCUAGAAUUUGGAGGCAAAUUGACAAUAACACAAUGGACAAGGUUUUUACUCUAUGAAUCAGCUGAUUUUGGAUGGGGAAGACCAGCUUAUGCUGGCCCUAUUGACUUAACACCAACUCCUCAAGUGUGUGUGCUUCUUCCAGAAGGUGGGAUUAAUGCUGAUGGUAUGCUAGUUUGUCUUUGCUUGCCAGAGACUGCUUGUAAGAGAUUCCAAGAACUUUUCUGCUUCAUUAACAAACCCUAG